AUGUUAGGCCCCAGAAAGGCCGUGGGUUUGAAAUCAGUGCUUCUCUAUGUUCUAGGUCAGCUCAAUCUUAAUGAACAAGAACCCCCUUAUCUGCCUCAGUUAAACAAAUACCUUCGCUGCUAUCGAUGCCUCUUGGAGACCAAGGAGUUGGGGUGCCUUCUGGGAUCUGAUAUCUGCCUUGCCCCGCACGGCAGCAGCUGCAUGACUCUGUUCAUAAAGAACAACAGUGGUUCUGACAUCAUGGUGAGUGACUGCCGCCCUAAGGAGCAGAUGAGUGAUUGCUCGUACACCCGCACUUCUCCGGUGCUUGGCUUCUGGAUAUUUUCUCGAUGCUGCUUCCGGAAUUUCUGCAAUAACCCUCAGAACAGAGAGCUCUAUAUUUCUUAGAA